AACGCAUGCGCAAUGCGAUUAGACGCCAUUUUGUUUUCUUGGAGUAGUACAUCAACUGAAUCCUCUUUGUUUCAUCUAUGCACUCCACAGAAAAUCAUUUACUGGACUUAUUCACUGGAAGAAUUUUGAAGUAACAAGUGCAAAGAGGGAAAGGUUAAAGAUUUUUCCAUAUUGACCAAGUAAAGGCCAGACAUACAGUAGUCCUUGCAUAUGCACAGUAGUUUGCAAGUAAGCAGAGGGGUUGUGACGCCGGGAUUGUGAGCAUGCCGACAACAGUAAAUUUCGGCAUCAGAGAUGUGUGGCAAGGCAAUCUUGAAGAAGAGUUUGCCAAAAUACGAAAUAUUAUUGAUGAAUACCCUUAUGUUGCUAUGGACACAGAGUUCCCUGGGGUUGUUGCCAGACCUAUUGGUGAAUUCCGAAGUACAGCUGAAUACCAAUUCCAGUUGCUACGCUGCAAUGUAGACUUACUAAAGAUUAUUCAGCUUGGAAUGUCGUUUUACAAUGACCAUGGUCAGCAGCCUUCUGAUGGAGCGACUUGGCAGUUCAACUUCAAAUUCAACUUGACAGAGGACAUGUAUGCACAGGAUUCAAUUGACCUGCUCAACAGAUCAGGCAUACAGUUUAAGCAGCAUGAAGAGGAGGGAAUUGAUGUGAAUGACUUUGCUGAACUUCUUAUCACAUCAGGACUUGUCCUAAGGGAUGAGGUCCGGUGGCUCUCCUUUCACAGUGCCUACGACUUUGGAUACUUGAUAAAGGUCUUGACCGCACAAAAUCUCUCAUCAGAAGAAUCUGAAUUUUUUGAGUUGCUCAAGUUGUACUUUCCCAAAAUCUAUGAUGUCAAGUACUUGAUGAAAAGCUGCAAGAGCUUGAAAGGGGGUUUACAAGAAGUUUCAGAGUUGCUAGAUUUAGAAAGAAUUGGGCCUCAGCACCAAGCAGGAAGCGAUUGUUUGCUGACAGGGAAUGCAUUCUUCAAGAUGCGAGAGCUGUUCUUUGAGGAUAACAUAGAUGAUGACAAGUACUGUGGACACUUGUAUGGUCUGGGCACCUCGUUUGUAAAUGGCGGACAAGCUUAUAGUGGACCUGCAACAAACCCAUAACCCAGUCUGUCAUUCACCAAGUGUCCAGUAACCACACCAGUAUGGAGUUGUUUACUAGGACUGGUAAUCCAGGGCUGUAUCCAGUCUAUUGAUUAGACCUGAAUACUCAAUGCCCCUAGUUCCCAAUUCCACACUCAAGUACCAAACCCUUUGUAACACAGGGCAUUUUUAAUUUAGUAGACCUGGUUGUGGUCACUUCGAUAGAGUUGACACGUAUUUAAGAUCUCCCUGGCCGUGCCUUGAUUGUUGUAUGGACAUGUGCUGGAAUGCCUUUCAUGGUAUUGACCAGGAAGUACAUGGUUUUACACAAAUCCCAAUUAAUUCAAACAAUGUUUUGGCUCCCCAACAUUUCCUCAAUUUUUAUUUGAACAUUUCUGAACAGCUCAAGGGCUGGUGCGACAUGUUAUACUCACAAAGGUCAUAUUUUUAAAGUUUAUUUUUAGACUAAAGUAUAUAAGGACUGGUUAUUGAACACUUGAUAUUACAGAGCCUACUCAUUGUGGGUGUUUUUUAUUCCAUGCAUAACUUUAUAAAUUAGUAGAAUAAAGCAGCUUACAUAAAAA